GGGUUCCUCCGACACGAGUUGAACGGUUUCGUCUUGGUGAAGAACGAGGAAACUCGUUCUAGUGGUUCCCGAAAAAUAUGAAGGUCCACCGGAACUUAGUGAUUGCUUUUUAUGCAGUGCUACAACUUACCUUAAUUCUUGGAAAAGCCAUCGAGAAUCGGUCCCAACCCGAAGCUAAAGCUUUAUUUCAACCAGUGGUUGCUCAAAAACGUGUUGGAAAUGAAUAUCUUCCUCCAAGUUUUGAUGAUCACCACCAUGAUGAGCAUCACGUAGUCGAUGAUCACCAUGAAAUACACGAUCAUCAUCACGACCACCACGAUCCAGGGUUUUGGAAGAAAAAGGUGAUUUGGAAAAAAGGAUGGAAAAAGAUUUGGAAACCCGCAAAGAAGCAGAUUUGGAAACCUGCGUGGAAAAAAUAUUACAAACCCAUUUGGGUACCAAUAACCGUCCCAGCUUGGAAAGAUGUAAAAGUUCCCGAUUGGAAAAAAAUAUGGAAACCAGUUUGGAAAGAGAUAAAAGUCCCAGCGUGGAAAGAAAUUCAAGUUCCCGACUGGAAAAAGAUUUGGAAACCAGUUUGGAAACCAAUUUCAGUCCCAGCUUGGAAAGAAAUUCAAGUCCCAGAUUGGAAAAAAAUAUGGAAACCCGUUUGGAAAGAAAUUCAAGUUCCCGCAUGGAAAGAUAUUCAAGUUCCCGCAUGGAAAAAGUUAUGGAUCCCCGAAUGGGUCAAAGAAGGAAUUCCCGGUGAACAUUUUCUCGGAAAAGAUCAUCACGGAAAUGAAUACACAGCUCACGACGUUUGGAAAAAGAAAUUAAUUUGGAAACCUUUAUGGAAAAAAUACUGGAAACCGGCCAAAAAACAAAUUUGGGUCGCCGAUAAAAAAUUGGAAUGGAAAGAAGCUUGGAAACAAAUUUGGAAAACAGAAAAGAAACAAAUUUGGGUGGCCGAUAAAAAAUUAGCGUGGAAAGAGGCGUGGAAACAAAUUUGGAAAACAGAAAAGAAACAAAUUUGGGUUGCGGAUAAAAAAUUAGAAUGGAAAGAAGCCUGGAAACAAAUUUGGAAAACUGUACAAAAACAAAUUUGGGUUCCCGAUAAAAAAUUGGAAUGGAAAGCGGCUUGGAAACAAAUUUGGGUUCCAGAUUGGAAAGAAAUUUGGGUUCCAGGAUGGAAACAAAUUUGGAGACCUGUCGUAAUAUCCGAAUGGUUCCCAACACCCGAUCACCACGAUGAUCACGAUCAUCAUCACGGUUGGGAUCGAAAAGAUGUCAUCCCCAGUGAAUCAGUUAAAAAGUACACAGUUACCAAUGCAACCGAUGUAUUAGGAACGUUUGAAAGCAAAAAGCAACCAAUCCAAAGCAAAAAAUGGCAAUUUCCACAAUCAUAAAUAAACGUUACUUUUAUUUUCCAAAUAACUUAAAGAGCCUGUAUAUAUUUAGAUUUAGAGAUGACUGACUCGAAUGUGUUAUAGUGUAAGAAUUAUUAUUUUGAAUGAUUUUGUGUGCUAU